CGUCAAAGGGACAGGGACACACACAUUCCUCCAGCAUCGACGCCGUCAUGAGGACUGUCGCCUUCCUCGCCGCCGUGGCUCUCGUGGCCGCCGCCCCCACCGCGCCGAAGGAGGAGGAGGAAGAGAAGAGGCCCAUCCUCAUCCUGCUGGACGAACGCACGCCGCCAGAGGGAGCCGCCUACUCGUUCGCGAUGGAGACGGAGAACGGCAUCUCCUUCAGCGAGGUGGGCGCUGAGGGCAGCGCGGGGCAGGCCAACGUGAAGGGCGUGUACAGGUACAAGCAGGACGACGGCACGGUGGCUGAGGUGCGCUACGUGGCGGACGAGGGAGGGUUCCAGCCGGAGUCCUCCCUGAUCCCCGUGGCACCGGCCUUCCCACACCCCAUCCCGCUCUUCGUCCAGGAACAGAUUCUCUUCGCCGAGGAGCAGCGCCGCCUGAAGGCCCUCGAGGAGCAGAAAGAGCAGGAGGAGAACAAGGCAGAGGAGGAAGCGAAAUAGACGAUGGUUGGUUGAGUUGGGUGUUCCGGAGGCGUCCACAGCAUGCUCCGUGAUGCCUAGUGGCUCAAGUGACAGCCGAAUCAAGUGUUAUAUCUUUAGUAGCAUUAAGUUCAUUAUCCCGUCUAGGGUUAAAACUUUGCGUCUCCUACUCCACUUCUAAUAAACCUUGCCAUUAAUUAAAGA